ACUUCAAAAUACUCAAUUUCAUUUCAUGGCAACAGAAAUGGUUACCGGUGCUCUUGUUUCUGCUUUCGUCGAGAGGACUAUUGAUACUUUGGCUUCCCGUUUUGUGGACAUAUUCCGUGGAAGAAAACACAAUAAGAAGCAACUCAGCGACUUGAAGAUGAAGCUUCUAGCCAUUGAUGUUGUGGCUUUUGAUGCAGAACAAAAGCAGUUCACAAAUCCACGUGUGAGAGAUUGGCUUCUCAGGGCCAAAGAUGCUGUGCUUGAUGCAGAGGACCUCUUGGAUGAAAUAGAGUGUGAACUCCCCAAAAGCCAAGUGGAAGCUGAGUCUCAGAGUGCUGCUAAGAAGGUAUGGAAUUCCGUCAGAUCUUUUGUCGGUUUCUUUGAAAAUAAAAUUGAUUCAAGGAUGGAACAAGUCAUUGAGAACCUAGAACAUCUCGCAACCCAAAGCGAUUUACUAGGUUUGAAAAAGGGUAGUGGUGUUGGUGUUGGAUCAGGAUCGGGUAGUAAAUUAACAUAUACAUCUUUGCCAAAUGAAACUGUUAUCUAUGGCAGAGAUGAUGACAGAGAAUUUAUCUUUAACUGGUUCACAUCUGACACUAACAAGAGCCUAUCUAUACUGUCUAUUGUGGGCAUGGGUGGGUUGGGAAAGACUUCACUUGCCCAACAUGUAUUCAAUGACCCAAGGAUUGAAGAAAAUUUUGAUAUUAAAGCUUGGGUCAGUGUUCCACAGGAAUUUGAUGUUUUUAAUGUAUCAAGAGCGAUUCUUGGAGGUGUUGCAACAUUAACUGAUGAUAGUACAAAUCUGGAGAUGGUUCACAGAAAAUUGAAAGAAAACUUGACGGGGAAGAAAUUUCUUCUUGUUUUGGAUGACAAUUGGAACGAAAACCAAUCCAAAUGGGAACAAGUGCAGAAAGCUCUUGGUUUUGGGGCCACAGGAAGUAGGCUUCUUGUCACUACACGAAGUGAGAAGGUUGCUGUUACCAUGCGAUCAGAAAAGCACCUCCUGCAAGUAAUAAAAGAAGAUGAUUGCUGGGAAUUGUUCGAAAAACAUGCAUUCCAAAGUGUUCAACCAGAUCCAGAUUUUAUGGAGAUCGGUAAGAAGAUAGUUGAAAAAUGUGAAGGGCUUCCUGUAGCCUUGAAAACAAUGGGAAGUCUAUUACGCAAUAAAUCAUCCCUUUGCGAAUGGGAAAACAUUAUGAAAAGUGAGAUAUGGGACUUUUCAGAAAAUGAAAGUAAUAUACUCCCUGCUUUAAAACUGAGUUAUCUUCACCUUCCUUCUCAUCUAAAGAAAUGUUUUGCUUCCUGUGCCUUAUUUCCCAAGGGUUGUGUGUUUGACAAGGAGGGUUUAAUUCAACUAUGGAUGGCUGAAAAUUUUUUGGAAAGCCUUCCACAGACAAAGAGUUCUAAAGAAGUUGGUGAACAAUAUUUCAAUGAUCUAUUAUCGUGGUCUUUCUUUCAACAAUCAAACAAGGAAGAAAAAAAUUGUUUUAUCAUGCAUGACCUUCUUAUUGAUUUGGCAAAAUAUGUUUGUGGAGACAUUUGCAUCAGGUUAGAAGUCGAUGAACCACAAGAACUACCCAAAAGAACUCGUCACAUUUCAUUUACAACUGAUCUUCUUCAAAAUUUUGAUGGGUUUGAAAAUUUGAUUGAUACUCAAAAGUUGCAUACAUUUGUACAAACAAGUUGGAGAAAGUAUCCUCCCACUUUUGUGUCCUCUUGGUAUUGCAAGAUGUCGAUAGAUGACUUCUUUUCCAAAUUUAAGUACAUACGCGUCUUAUCAUUGUAUGACUUUCUUAACCUUAACGAGGUGCCUAAAUCUAUAGGAAAUCUUAAGCAUCUUCGUUCAUUAGAUCUCUCUUACACUAGAAUAGAAAACCUACCCGAUUCUGUGGGUCUACUCUACAAGUUGCAAAUACUGAAGCUAAACAAUUGUGAAAGAUUAAAGGAGCUUCCCUCAUGUUUGCUUCAACUCAACAAAUUGUGUUUCCUAGAACUAUUAAACACUAAAGUGAAAAAUGUGCAUAUUUUGGGAAAUUUGAAGAAUCUCCAAGUACUGAUGAACUUGUUUUGUGUUGACAUACAUGAGGAACUCAGUAUUCAGCAACUUGGACAAAUCAAUAUUCAUGGAAGUUUAACAAUUAGUGGGCUGCAAAAUAUUGAGAAUCCCUCUCAUGCAUCACAAGCAUGUCUGGAGAACAAACCACACCUUGUGGAGCUAGUGUUAGAUUGGAAUUGGAGUAACAACUCCUUUGCUGAUUCAAGUGACAGCUCCUCUGUAAUUGAGAAUCUACAACCUUCAAAACACUUGAAGAAGUUGUCAAUAAGGAGCCAUGUGGGUGAACAAUUUCCAAAUUGGUUACUUAAUAAUUCAUUACCAAAUCUGGUGUCCUUAGUGUUGGAGUUAUGUUAUUCUUGCAAACGUUUACCUCCCCUUGGACUUUUGCCAUUUCUUAAGGACUUGAAAAUUAAAAGUCUUUAUGGGAUAGUGAGUAUUGAUGCUGAUUUUCAUGGGAGCAAUUCUUCUUCGUUUAAAUCCCUGGAGACAUUGCAUUUCUCUGAUAUGGGAGAAUGGGAAAAAUGGGAAUGUAAAGCUGUGACAGAUGCUUUUCCACGUCUACAACAUCUUUAUAUACAUCAUUGUCCCAAGCUCAAAGGGCAGUUGCCAGAGCUACUUGUUCCUUUAGAAAAUCUACACAUUGAAGACUGCAAAGAACUUGAGGCUUUCGCUCCUAGGGCUGUAGAUUUAAAACUAGAAUACAGUGAAAAGGUGUUGUUUGAUUGGGCUACAGUGAAAAGCCUCAAAUUGGCUGGGUACAACAUAGAAGCAUCAUUCAUGGAAAUGGUUACGGAUAUCGUACCUCACAAUUCUAUUCAACACUUACAGAUUAAUGACUUCGAUCAUCAUCCUUGUCCAAAUGUUAGUGACUUUGUCUCUCUGUGGACCUUUCCUCUACAUUUCUUCCCUACACUAAGGACGCUUACUCUCCUGCGUUUAAAUAAUUUACAGAAGAUUUCACAAAAUCACAUACAUAAUCAUUUGGAGGGUCUGACAAUCUGUUGUUGCCCCAAAAUUGAAUCAAUUUCUGAAAACUGGGAUAUGCUCAAGAGUUUAUUAAUACAAGAUUGUCCAAGACUUGAGCCUUUCACUGAGGGAGGUUUGCCAUCAAAUCUAAAAAAGAUGACACUCAGUAAAUGCUCUACACUUGUUGAUUCAUUGAAAGGAGCUUUGGGAGACAAUCCUUCUUUGAAAAUAUUACGUGUUGAUAGUCUGGAUGACGAAUGUUUUCCUCGUAAAGAUUGGCUUCCACUCUCUCUUACUGAUCUAACCAUCUACAAUUUUCCAAAUCUAGAAAAACUGGACUUCAGGCUUCUCAAUCAACUCUCAUCUCUUAAAAUACUAACUCUUGUGAACUGUCCCAAGCUUCUACCCUUACCAGACGAGGUCUUCCUAAAUCAAUAUCAGAUCUUGUUUUAAAUUGUUGUUUUUCGUUGCAGGAAAGGAGGUGCAGACUGGGAAAAGAUUGCUCACAUUCCGAGAUUCCAGAGAAUGGAUAUGUUAUAGUGUU